GCGGCCCCGGCGGGGAUGUCCCGCAAGCAGGCGGCCAAGGCCCGGCCCGCCACCGGCGCCAGGAAGGGCCGGCGGCCCCGGCAUUCCCCCGCCGGACCGGCCCCGGGCCCCGCUCCGGCCCACAGCGGCGGCGGUUUCGCCGGGCAGCUCCGCGCCCUCGGCCUCAAGCUGCGGGAGGUGCCGGGAGAUGGCAACUGCUUGUUCCGGGCCCUGGGGGACCAGCUGGAGGGACACUCCAGGAACCACCUGCGGCACCGCCAGGAGACCGUGGAGUUCAUGCUGAGGCAGCGCGGGGACUUCGAGCCUUUUGUGGAGGAUGAUGUGCCCUUUGACAAACACGUUGCCAAUUUGGCCAAGCCUGGUACUUUUGCUGGCAAUGAUGCUAUUGUGGCCUUUGCAAGGAACAAUCAAAUGAAUGUGGUUAUUCAUCAGCUUAACGCUCCACUGUGGCAGAUCCGGGGCACAGACAGGAGCGAUGCCAGGGAGCUGCACAUCGCCUACAGGUACGGGGAGCACUACGACAGCGUCAGGAGGAUCAGUGAUGACUCACAGUCUCCAGCCUAUCUUCGGAUGGAGAUGCUUUGCCAGAACAAUUCAAAUAAGUCAGAGGAAGUGAAGCCACAGAAGGGUGACUCUGAAGACGAGACUGAAGUGGAGCUGGAAGAUGCUGUACAAAAAGUGUGCAAUGCAACUGGGUGUUCAGACAUUGAUUUAGUAAGCCUCGUUCUGGAAGUGGAGGACUACAACGUGGAAUCUGCAAUAUUUGCCAUCUUGCAGGUGAAGGAAGGGGAAGGAAUAGGUACCGAGGAGCAGCAGGAGCCCCCGGGCAGGGAGCAGAAAUCCUGCAGCAGGACACUGUGGGAAGAGAAUGGAACUGGUUCAAGAAUCUUUGGAAAUCAGAGCUUGCAUCAAGGUGAAGCAGAAAACAGCAAGGAGCAAGCUGGAUCCAGGGAAGAGAACCGAGCCAGCAGAAACCCAAAGGUAGCCAAGAAACAAAGGAAGGAGCAGCAGCGGCUGGAGAAGAAGAAGCGGCAGGAGGAGAGGCACCGGCAGAAGGUCCUGGCCACCAAGAGGGACAGUGCAGACACCAGGACAGAGCCAGAGCCAGCCAACCACGUCACCCUGGUGAAGGCCAUGGCAGCCCUAAACAUAUGACUCAGUGCUUUCAUGAGAAAAGCAAAUAAAACAAAGAAGACAAAAUUCCCCUAGGAGAAUUUCCAGGCACCCGUGGUUAUUUUAAAAUCCGUCUCUGGUGAGAUUUCCAAGAAAAAGAGAACUUCCUCUUCCCUUGCUUGUGGGGAGGACAAUUGCUCAUUGAUUCUGCAUCAACCUGUGGUGAGAAGAGUUGUUUAAACUUAACAGGAAGUAAAGACUUGAGUCUGUAGUCUUGGAGUUAGAUGAAGGUGAGAACCUUUUCUUCACACAACGGUGUCAGAUUUGUUUUGACAUCUCUUGAUGUGCCUGGUCUUGUUUGGUUUGGUUUUUUUGCCUUUUAUUUGGUUAUGCCUAGAGGAGCUUUAUUUUACCUUGCUGUCAGGGAAAGCUUUACAAAUACCAACUCAGGAAUAUCUCUGGUGGGUCUUUUUCUAUUUAAAUUCAAAUAAAGUAAGAGAACAGAGUCCCAGAAUCCUCUCCAAAGCAAAGUGUGUCAGUCAGCGCUGUCUCAAACGUGACAUUCCUCUUUUGUUUGCCAUGCAGGAAUGCAGUGACAAGUUUUAAUCUCACUGGAAUUGCUGGCAUUGCUCUGGGCUGGUUCAGAAGUGAUGAAUACAUGGAGAUGGGGAUUGUUGCAUCCAUGCUUGCUGAGGUUUGGGAUCAGCUCCUUUAAGAUGAGACCUGUAGUGGGGAAAAAGACCUCCCCAAAACAAUGAUCCCAGUGGACUCAUGAGAAUGCAGAGCUGAUUCUUCCAGUUUGGUAAAAUGUGACAGGAACAGGCUUAAAGUGUCUGGUGAGUUGUUGUUACUUGAACACCUGGAAUCUCUUUCCCCUUUUCCAGAGUUUUUGGUUAUUCCAGGGCUUUAGUCCAAACCAGGAGCUGGAUAGGUGUUAAUAACCAAAUGAAAUUACUAUAGCCAAAGGACCAAGGGUCUUGGGAAGAAGCUUCCAAGCAGCAGUGAUCCCUGGGAGCCUAUUUCACUUCAUAAUAAAUCAAGCUUUUUUCCAGGGUAGGAUUUUUUUCCAUCUCAAAUUCCAUUUUGGUGAGGUCACCAAAUAGGAUGUAAGCUUGACUCCUGUGGUGUUUUCCACUGUAGGACUGAGAAUUCGAGGUGCAAGGACUGUGGGACUCAGCCUUUGUUUUAUGGCUCACAGUGUUUCAGCUCCACUCAGGUUUUUGGGCUUGUAGCAAGCCCUAAGCUUGAAGAAAUCACAUUUAUUAAUCAAAUUACAGGAGACACCUUAUCAGCCAGGGCAGAGGUGAAAGGGAUUUUUAAAAAGGAAGAAGUGUUGCAUUUGAAAAAUUUGUCUGUGCUUUAAAGUUUAUGAAUGUUUUUUUUUUACUGAACUGCCAAGAACUGGGCUGAUACUUGAUGUGCUCUGCUGCUGUUACUUGAAGAAUAAAAAGAAAGGAGUUCUUCUGGAAGAACUGGUGGUGUUGGAAUUCCUUUUUCUCCAAAACAGUCAUUUUUACAGUAGUGGGAAGAGAGGUGAGUCACAGCUUCGUGGGGAGAAAGUGCAAUUUCCUUCAGGGGGUGAUGAGUUGUGACAGCAGGUUUGGCAAGGCAGUGCAGGUGGCUGUGUCACCUGUGUCCUGCCCUGCAGUUUGGUCUGAAAGGCAGGUGUGUUCUGCAGGUUUGAAAAGAUAAAGAGUUUGCAGUUGUGCACUCUGAGAGGUUUGAUCUUAAUGAAUUGGGUUUUUGUCCUCUGGAGCCAGAGCUGAUAAGGGAUUUGUUGUUGGCUGGAGCUUGGGAGCUGUGAAAGGAGCUGUCCUGGAGGCUGAGGAGGGAACUCAAACCUCACCCCAUCGUGUGCAGGAUGAAAGAGGGGGUCAGCAACAGCAGCACAAACAGCAGAGGAAGAGACUGGCCCAAAGCUUGUGGCCUCUGAUACAUGGAACAAAAUCUGGGGCUGAAAAUGCUUUCAUUUCUGAGUGUAAUAUGAUUAAAAUAAACUCUUAAUGUGCUGGGCUCACA